GGCGGCCGGGGCUGUGACUGCGUCUGAGGUGACGGUGGAGGACGCCGAGGCGCUGCCAGCGACCGCGGGCGAGCAAGAGCCGUGGGAGUCGGAACCCGCCGACGAGGCGGUGCUGCGGCCACGCGGCAGGUAUUUGGGAACAAGAUGAUCAUUCCUUCCCUGGAUGGAGACCUCUUCCAGUGGGACCGAGACCGUGAGAGCAUGGAAACAGUUCCUUUCACAGUGGAGUCACUUCUUGAAUCUUCUUAUAAAUAUGGAGAUGAUGUCGUUUUGGCUGGAGGGAAAUCUUUCACUACAUAUGGACUCAGUGCAUAUAGUGGAAAGGUGAGGUAUAUCUGCUCAGCUUUGGGUUGUCGCCGAUGGGAUAGUGAUGAAACGGAACAAGAAGACAUCCUGCUUCUGCAACGCACCCAGAAAACUGUUAGAGCUGUCGGACCUCGUAGUGGCAAUGAGAAGUGGAAUUUCAGUGUUGGCCACUUUGAACUUCGGUAUAUUCCAGAAAUGGAAACUAGAGCCGGAUUUAUUGAAAGCACCUUUAAACCCAAUGGGAACAAAGAAGAGUCCACAGUUAUUUCAGAUGUGGAAGAACAGGAAGCUGCCAUGAUUGACACAGUGAUAAAAGUCUCUGUUGCCGAUUGGAAGGUUAUGGCGUUUAGCAAGAAGGGAGGACAUCUGGAAUGGGAAUAUCAGUUUUGUACUCCAAUUGCAUCUGCCUGGUUGAUUAAGGAUGACAAAGUCAUUCCAAUCAGUCUUUUUGAUGAUACAAGUUAUGUAUCUAACAAUGAAAUUUUAGAAGAUGAAGACGACAUUGUAGAAGCUGCCCGAGGAGCCACAGAAAGCAGUGUUUACUUGGGAAUGUACAGAGGACAGCUGUAUCUGCAGUCAUCAGUCAGAAUUUCAGAAAAGUUUCCUACAAGCCCCAAGGCCUUGGAAUCUGUCAAUAAUGAAAAUGCAAUUGUUCCUUUGCCAACAAUCAAGUGGAAGCCCUUAAUUCACUCUCCUUCCAGAACUCCUGUGUUGGUGGGAUCUGAUGAAUUUGACAAAUGUCUUAGUAAUGAUAAGUUUUCUCAUGAAGAAUACAGUAAUGGUGCACUUUCAAUCUUACAGUAUCCAUAUGAUAAUGGUUAUUAUCUACCAUACUACAAGAGGGAGAGGACCAAACGGAGCACGCAGAUCACAGUCAGAUUUCUCAACAACCUGAAUAACAACAAGAAUAUCCGCAAAAAGGAUCCUGUCCUCCUCUUACACUGGUGGAAAGAAAUAGUUGGAACUAUUCUGUUUUGUAUCAUAGCCACAACUUUUAUUGUACGCAAACUUUUCCAUCCUCAUCCUCACAGACAAAGGAAGGAAUCUGAAACUCAGUGUCAAACUGAAAGUAAAUAUGAUUCUGUAAGUGGCGACACCAAUGACAGUAGCUGGAAUGACAUCAAAAAUUCUGGGUAUAUAUCACGAUAUCUAACAGAUUUUGAACCAAUUCAGUGCAUGGGUCGUGGAGGGUUUGGAGUUGUCUUUGAAGCUAGAAACAAAGUAGAUGACUGCAAUUACGCUAUCAAAAGGAUCCGUCUCCCCAACAGGGAGUUGGCUCGGGAAAAGGUAAUGCGAGAAGUUAAAGCUCUGGCCAAGCUUGAGCACCCAGGUAUUGUUAGAUAUUUCAAUGCCUGGUUGGAAGCACCACCAGAGAAGUGGCAAGAAAAGAUGGAUGAAAUUUGGCUGAAAGAUGAAAGCACAGAUUGGCCACUCAGCUCUCCGAGCCCAAUGGAUGCACCAUCAGUUAAAAUACGCAGAAUGGAUCCCUUCUCUACAAAAGAACGUAUUGAAAUCAUAGCUCCUUCACCAGUAAGAAGUAGGUCUUUUUCAGUAGGGAUUUCCUGUGGCCAGACAAGUUCUUCCUUGAGCCCAUUCUCUCCACUGGAAUUCUCGGGAGCUGACCACAGAGAUGUCAGUGGGUCAGUGGAUCCAGUGUGCAACCUCCAGGACAGUUGCCUUACAGACUGUGAGGGGGAAGAUGGUACUAUGGAUGGCAAUGAUGAAGGACACUCCUUUGAACUCUGUCCUUCUGAAGCCUCUUCUGUAAGGUCAAGGGAGAGAACCUCCUCUUCUAUAGUAUUUGAAGAUUCUGGCUGUGAUAAUGCCUCCAGCAAAGAAGACCUCAAAACUAACAGACUGCAUAUUGGCAACCAUUAUGCUAAUAAACUAACUGGCUGCAAGCAUGCUAGUAGUAAAUCGUCUUCUGAACCUACUUUGUCUGUUUCUCCUCCAAGACCAACCACUUUAAGUUUAGAUCUCACUAAAACCACUGCCGAGAAACUCCAGCCCAGUUCACCGAAGGUGUAUCUUUACAUUCAGAUGCAGCUGUGCAGGAAGGAAAACCUCAAAGACUGGCUGAACGGGCGAUGUGCCAUCGAGGAAAGGGAGAGGACCGUGUGUCUGCAUAUCUUCCUGCAGAUAGCUGAGGCAGUGGAGUUUUUGCACAGUAAAGGACUCAUGCACAGGGACCUCAAGCCUUCCAAUAUAUUCUUUACAAUGGAUGAUGUGGUAAAGAUUGGAGACUUUGGACUAGUGACUGCCAUGGACCAGGAUGAGGAGGAGCAGACGGUUCUGACCCCGAUGCCAGCUUAUGCCAGACACACAGGACAAGUAGGGACCAAACUGUAUAUGAGCCCAGAGCAGAUUCACGGAAACAACUACUCUCACAAAGUGGACAUCUUUUCUUUAGGCCUGAUUUUAUUUGAAUUGCUGUACCCAUUCAGCACCCAGAUGGAGAGGGUCAGAACCUUAAGUGAUGUAAGAAAUCUCAACUUUCCACCACUGUUUACUCAGAAAUAUCCUCGUGAGUAUGUGAUGGUUCAACACAUGCUCUCUCCAUCCCCCAUGGAACGGCCUGAAGCUACAGACAUCAUUGAAAAUGCUGUAUUUGAAGAUUUGGAACUUCCAGGAAAAACAGUUCUGAGACAGAGGUCUCGCUCCAUGAGCUCAUCAGGAACAAAGCAUUCGAGACAGUCAAGCAUCUCCCACAGCCCUUUGCCAAGUAAUUUGCCUUAAGUUGUGCUGGCAACCCUUACAGGUGACCCAGAAUAGCCCACCUCUCAGGAAUGUGGCUUUCCAAAAUUGUGGACUUGAAAAUUUUGUUCUUUGCUCGAUUUUAUUUUGCACUACCUUUUCUAAGUCGUAUUUAAACUGAAUUUUGGAGCAUAGCCUAAUUUGAGCCGACUCAUGAUUUUUGCUACAUUCCAGCAGAAGACUGUCACUAAACUUUUCAUGUGUGGUCCUUUUUCUUUAUUGGUCUCUUGAAAAUGGCUGGCCAAAUUCUAUAGCCCUCACCUUUUGCCUAGAGAGGUAGACUCGAUCCCUAAAAUAUAUAUAGAGAGUUAAAACAGAAGUAUUUUUAUAGUACAGAAGAAUAGCAGUGCCCACAUGUGGUAACUAUAUUAUUCUAGAAAUAUGCUUUCUAGAGGUAUGAUGAUGAUUUUAAAACUGAUUCCCAAGAAAAGCUGACUCCGUUUUGUCCCUGGUGGGUGAAUUCGGAAUCUGCACUCUUUCGGGGACAAAUAGCACAGAUUGUACAAUGGCUUAUGUCCAUAGCUGGUUUUGUAGCGAUGUUUGUAGUAUGAAAGCUUUACUCCUCAGAUGGUUCUGGGGAGAGCUUAAGAGCUUUUUGUACUUUUACCUCCAAUAAAGGGAAAACAAAGCUUUUUAUGUAAAGUAGUCAAAAGUUCUGGUUUGGGGAGGAAAAAAGCCGUAAUAAGAAAUGAAUCAUAUAUUACAACUAACUUCUUCAAGUAUGGCCUUUUUAAAACUAAUGAAAUCCUGUCUCAUAUGUAAUCCUCUAGGUUGGUUCUUUCCCCAAACUGAUUUUAGGUAACUGUUUAAUCAUCUAACUUGACUAACAUGUUUUUACUUUUCAUUGUAAAUAUGUUUAUUUUUUAUUUAUAAAAAUCCUGAAAUCAAUCCAUUUGGGUUGGUGGUGUACAGAACGCACUUACGUGUGUUAACUAUUGUGACUUCUUUCAAGUCUAAAUGAUUUAAUAAAACGUUUUUAAAUUAUGUAUGGUUGACUCUUAUUUUGUGGAAUUAGCUCCAAAAUGGGGCUAAGUUAUUCCUAAAGAACAUAUGUGGAGGAAAUAAUCUUAUAUUUACAUAAAUAUUCAGAAGAAUCUUCUGCAAUGUUAUUUACAAUAAUAAAAUUCAACCCAACUAGUCAACAAUCCAAAAUAAAGAAGAAAAAGAAAACUUACUCUAACCUAUCCAGACAGGUGGCUUCUCUGUUAUUUCCCAGAGACUUAGCAGAGCCAAGUCCUGUUAAAAAUUCAUAGGACUCAUAACCAAGAGACAUUUACUUAGUGCCUAUUCUGUGCCAGGGAUCUGGGAACAUAGAGAAGACCCUGCGCUAAAGAAGACCUCGCAGAGGUCAUGCGAGCUGCGCUGGUCUCAAAGGCCCAUGUGCCUUUGUGUGUGCAUCUGAGAUGGACUGUAUGGAAGCAUGUGGGCCUCUGCCAAAAUUUGUGAUUAUUUUACAGACGAUGUCCAUUUGACCUGCCCCACAAGCUUAUGAGCAAUGCGUAAGCUGGAUAAACACAAAUAUCUGUGCACUCUAUCCAGACUACAGUGCUGCUGACUGGUGCCCAUCUUCCCAAGUCCUGCAUGGCUCCUCCCAUCUAUCCCUGUCUCCUUCAUCUCUUGGCCUGCCUGCUUCAUUGCUGCCCCCUGACCUCCUCUUCAUGCUUGUGCUGUGAUUUCUUCCCAGCUCCUACCCCACUCAAUCCCAGCUGAAUAGCUUUUGACCGUCACAGCGACCUGGGAGGCAGCCAUGGCAGGCGUUAUCUGUUCUACUUGGGGUGGAAGCAAGGUCCAAAAAGGUGCUGUGAUUUGCCCAGGAUCACAAACUCAGCAAGUAGCAGAACCAAAACCUCAGGUAUUUUGAUUCCUACUCAGUGUUUUUCUACUCCCUUGUACCAAGUUGUUUAAGAAUUUAUAAAUUCUUACAUGAUAUAAUCAUGCUUUCUUUCAUUUCAAUUCUGGGUGUGUCAUUGCUC